AUGCAGAUUCACAAUACCAACAAGACAGAACUGAAAAGCACUGUUAUUCUUCCUGAUUUAUUCAAAGGAUUCGUGGUCAAUGUCCCUCGAAAGAACAAGCACUACGAAAUAGUAAAGCCUAUCUCUGAGAAAUGGCUCGCAGAAAAAUGCCGUUUCUCAGCUCGGAUGAAGAAGAGGGUUGAGUUCUGCGACUUUGCCUCUUUUAUAUCUAUUGCAGCUCCAGACGCGCCAAUCGACAAACUCAAGACCAUGUGUGACUGGGGUAAUUGGGUGUUCCCUUUUGACGAUAUGUUCGAUGAAGGCGCACUAAAAGCAGAUCAAAAACGAUCUCAGAUUGUUAUCGAUAGCCUGAUGGCAAAUAUGCUAGACAAGACAUACACUAAGCAAAAGAGUGCCGUUGUUCAGGCACAUGAUGACAUCUUCCGAAGGGUAUCACAGGACUCCACCCCAGGAGUCCGAAGAAGAUUUGCUCUCGCCAUGAAAGAUUACACAGACGGAGUAGUCCACCAUGUAAAGAGCUUUGCGACAAACAGUAUCCCAAGCAUAGAAGAAAUGCUCAAGACACGGCAGCUUUCUUCCGGAGUCACACCAUUGUAUCAUCUUGUUGAGUAUGCUCAUGGCAUUGAGCUACCUAGUCAAGUCUUCGAAAACCCUGUUAUUCAGACUUUGGAGCGGUUAGGUGUAGACUUUGUAUUACUCUCUAAUGACGUUUUGUCCUAUCGCAAAGAGGAGGGUGAUGAUUGCCCAUUCAGCAUGGUCGCGGCGUGUCGCAUGACAGGCCAAUCUCCCCAAGAAGCCUUUGAUACUGUUGGAGAUCUUCUUGAACAGAGAUACCAGGAGUGGGAGGAGAUCAUUACCCGGCUCCCAAGCUGGGGACCAAAGAUCGACGUUGACGUGGCUCGAUACAUCCAGGGCAUUCAAAAUGUUGUGCAAGCCAACAUCACGUGGAGCUUCCAGUCAGGAAGAUACUUUGGCGCGCAAGCCGCAGAGAUCCGAAAGACACGCAGGAUCGACGUUAUGGUCAACCCACCUUUUCUCCAUGCAAGGAAAGGCCAGUCGGGCUGGUCUGCUGGGGUUUGUGGCAGACUGCUUGAGCAUUUGUCCGGGUCGUUGGUAUUGAGCCUAGUUCUUAUUUUCUACUUUGCUGUCAUCGUUUUGGCUUGA